ACAAAAUACAAUCAAGAAACAAGCACGAAGAACAAAUGUCUAAAUUUGUGGAAUCACACACAGAGACUCCCCUUUGUGUGCGACAAUAUACAAAAACAAUCCUAUUUCACCGUAUUCUUCAUCCUCUGUAGCUGAUAUUGUAAGCCAAACCCAAUAUAUUUACACACAUAAAGAACAAAUUCUGACGAUUUGAUGAAGAAAUUUCUUAGCAAACUGUGUUAACUAAGGCAUGGUCCUCAUAAUCCCCACCACAAAGAAGCUCAAUAUCAAGAUUUAUUUAACCCCAUGUAAGCUCUUCGCCCUUCAAGCUCUUUUUUAUUCCUCUAAUCAAGAUUUUCAAUUAGCUAAAACCCCAGAAAAACCCCAUCUUGAAAAUAAUGAAUUUGAGCCCAACCCACCACCAAUUGCUGAUGAAAUUUUUAGAUGUAGCCCCAAAAUGGGAUCUUUUAAAGUGGGUGAUUCCACAUUCUAUAAUCUGGUUGCUAAUUAUGCUAGUGUUGGGGAUUUUGGGGCAAUUGAGAUGGUUUUUGAUCGAAUGAAGCGCGAAAAAAGAGUUUUCUUGGAGAAAGUUUUCAUCUUGGUGUUUAAGGCUUAUGGGAAAUCACAUUUGCCUGAAAAGGCAGUUGAGUUGUUUGAGAGAAUGGUGGGUGAUUAUCAAUGCAGACCAAGUGUUCGUUCGUUUAACUCGGUUCUUAAUGUUAUAAUCCAGGAGGGUUUGUUUGAUCGUGCGUUGGAGUUCUUUAAGUAUGUGAUUGGGAAUAGGAGUAUGAAUAUAUUGCCGAAUGUGUUGAGUUUUAAUUUGAUUAUUAAAGCUAAUUGUAAGUUAGGGUUGAUUGAUAGGGCGGUUGAGGUGUUUAGAGAAAUGCCGGUGAGGAAGUGUGUGCCUGAUGUUUUUACGUAUUGUACUUUGAUGGAUGGGUUGUGUAAGGAAAAUAGGCUUGAUGAGGCAGUUUCUUUGUUGGAUGAGAUGCAGAUUGAAGGGUGUUUUCCUAAUUCUGCAACUUUUAAUGUGUUAAUUAAUGGAUUGUGCAAGAAGGGCGACUUGACUCGAGCAGCUAAACUUGUCGAAAAUAUGUUCCUUAAAGGGUGUGUUCCUAAUGAAGUUACGUAUAACACCCUUUUACAUGGGCUGUGUCUUGCUGGAAAAUUGGAUAAGGCGAUUAGUCUUAUAAAUAGGAUGGUUUCAAACAAAUGUGUUCCUAAUGAUAUCACCUUUGGAACCAUCAUUAAUGGGCUUGUUAAGCAGCGACGAGCUGCUGACGCUGCCCAGCUGUUGGUAUCCAUGGAGGAAAGAGGACAGCGGGCAAACCAGUAUGUCUAUUCAUCACUUAUUAGUGGAUUAUUUAAAGAGAAAAAAUCUGAAGAGGCAAUAAGAAUGUGGAAGGAGAUGACUGAAAGGGGAUGCAAGCCUAAUACAGUUCUUUAUAGUACUCUUGUUGAUGGGUUUUGUAAAGAUGGUAAAGUGGAUGAAGCUAAAGAAAUCUUGUCUGAGAUGAGAGCAAGGGGUUGCAUCCCCAAUGCUUUUACUUAUUGCUCCUUAAUGAGGGGAUAUUUUCAGACAGGCAAUGGUCAGAAAGCAAUACUCAUGUGGAAAGAAAUGGACAAAGAAAGUUGCAUGCAGAAUGAGGUUUGUUACAGCGUUCUCAUUCAUGGCCUCUGUGGGGAUGGAAAGCUUAAAGAGGCUACAGUAAUUUGGAAGCAAAUGUUAAGCAAAGGAUAUUCGCCUGAUGUUGUCGCUUAUAGUUCAAUGAUCCAUGGCUUUUGUAGUUCUGGUUUAGUAGAACAGGGUCUAAAACUUUUCAACGAGAUGAUAUGCAAGGAGCCAAGUUCUCAACCAGACGUUGUCACUUAUAACAUAAUAUUCAAUGCAUUAUGCAAGCAGAGUAGCAUUUCCCGCGCCAUUGAUCUUCUAAACACUAUGUUGGACCGAGGCUGUGAUCCUGAUUUGGUUACAUGCAAUAUAUUUCUGAAAUGUCUGCAAGAGAAUGUAAAUCCACCACAAGAUGGGAGGGAGUUUCUGGAUGAACUUGUAUUACGACUUUGCAAGCGACAGAGAACAAUAGGAGCAUCUAGAAUUGUUGAAGUGAUGCUUCAAAAGUUUCUUCCUCCAAAAGCAUCUACGUGGGAAAAGGUUGUAAAAGAAGUUUGUAAAGCAAAAAGGAUCCGAGCUGCCAUCGACAAGUGUUGGACUGACCUGUUCAUCUGAAUUCAGAGUUUAGUUAUCGUCUAGGAUUAUACUUUAUACUGAUUGAUCAUUAUUUGUAUUCUAAAAAUCCAAUCUCUAUACAAGCAUGUAAAUGUCUUGGCCCAAUUUUGUACCAUUAAUCCAAUUUUGUAUCAUUAGCAUA